AUGUCUUCCUCAAGAGCAGAUGGAGUGCCAGAACGCAAUCGGAGAAAUUUGCCAACCAUUGAUUAUAAUGAAAAUUCGCUUCAAAGACGAAGUGAAGGUGGAAGUAGUUCUCAAGCCAACGCUGCAGCAGCAGGCCUGCAAGGCUCGCACACCAAGUCAAAUUCUCUCAAAAAAAAAGAUGCCCAUACAGACAGUCAGAGCCCGUCUGUUCAACCACAGUCUAAACCUUCGUAUAGCCCUCAGGAGGAGCAGCAGAGGCCUGAAGGCUCGAGCGAAGCCGUUGCGGAAGAACCAAUUGACCAACCAAUGCCAGAUCGUGAACCUGAAAGAGAAGCAUCGGAUUCUUCUUCGACCAGCUCACAAUCGGAUCAUAUCGCUGCAAACGGGGCUGAGCCCCAUAGUCCCACUGCUGUCGGUAUCAAUGACUCCCAGGAUGAAGUCUUGGUUGAUUUGAAGAAGUUGUCCAUUGGUCGCGAUCAUGAUGGAGAGCCAGACGCCUGGAGCCGUCUAGGACGAUCAGUCGUAUUGCUGGUUCGAUAUGGGCCCUACAAAGCGGCAAAAUACCGAGUUCAGUCUUCAAAUGGUUACAAUACCAAAGAUUUGCAGAAAGUGUCGAGCCUCAAGACGCGAAUUUCGCAUGUUAUGUACGAGGGGGAGAACAGUGAAGACCAUUAUCGGUACAGCAGGAACAACGUCGUCGGAAUUGUCGGUGUGGCAUUCCAGGAAACUAAUUACACAAACAAGGAACCCAAGAAGGCCCCUACAGCCUAUAUCAAAGUCAAAUGGGAAGGAAUUGAUGCUGCACACCAAUGGAUGUUGACUAAUAACACCUGCUGGAUUACCAAAACAGAUCUGGUUAGACUUACUGACUUGGCAACAGCAGAGCAAAAGAUCUCGGAAGCUUGGGAUAAGCAAGAGGAACGCUACAACCACUGGCAAGGGCAAAAAGGAAGAGAUAGCCCUGAUCGCUCACCCAGCCCCUGUCCACUAGAUGAUUUCAAAGCACAAAAAGCAGAGAGAAUAAAGCGCGAGAAUACGCGACAGCCUUCCAUGCCGAUUCCAGAGAGUUUAGAGCAGUACCCAGAAGUGCGGACUCAUCGAGAUGAACAACCAAGGACGCAAAACAACCACAAGUCUGCUACAGCUUAUGUAAAGCAAGAACUAGAUGAGGACAACGACCUGUUCGUCGAUAACUCUAGUGCCGAUGGUCAGAGCUCGAGUAGUCAAAACGCCAAUAAUGAGAGCGCCAAUGGUCAGAACUCCAAUGUCCAGUACAGCAAUCGCUUGAAUAACGACACAAGCAGCGCAUCUGGUCUAAAUCCGCCUCCACCAAAAAUCAGCAAAUUCUAUAAGAAAUGGUUGAGAAGGGCAGACAUUGAAGCAACAGAUCUCAAAAACCUUGACGAUGCAUACUUUGCGAGAUUCGAAGCUGCUGCAUUUGUUUAUGUGAACGAGUUGAGGAAGAAAGGCUACGUUGUAGAAGAUGAUAUGGACAUGGAUAUCUAG